AUGACUAACAAGGACAAUGAAUCUUCGACUGAUACGGUGAUUAUUGAAUCAAAAACUUUAUCAUCACAUGAAAAUAAUUCAACAAUGUUAUCUACUGUCUCAUUAAAUAAUUCCACUAAUGAAGAACAAUCUAUCCAAAAUACUAAUCAUGAUCAAAAUAAUGGUUUUAUUGAAAAAGACUCUCAGGAUAAUCAAUUAAUAGAAGUUCAAACAGAAGAAAAAAAAGGACAACAACAACUAGACGAACAACAGCUAGAUGAACAACAAUUAGACGAACAACAACAAGAAGUAGAAGGUGAAGAUGAUGAAUUCAUUCGUAUAACUGCAGCUCAUCAAAUGUUAACUGAAGCACAAGCAUAUGACGAACAAAAGAAAUAUCCCGCUGCAUUACAUCUUUAUCGAAUAUGUGUUGAUCUUCUUCUUGAAGAAUUAAUGUUUACUGAAGGUACAGAACAAUCACGUGUUUAUUUACGUGAAAAAUGUACAGCUAUUAUGGAUCGUAUUGAUGUACUUAAAACAAUGCUUGAACCAAUCCCACCAGCAUCAUCUCCACCACUGUCAGCAUCACCUCCACCACCGCCAGCAUCACCACCACCACCACCACUAAUGCUUACAGACACAACAACAACAACAACAACAACAAAUGAAGAAGCAACUAACCCACCUACCGACGAAUUAAACUCUCUUAAUUUAUCUUAG